GUAACCGUGGGCGAUAUUGGUCCAAAAAUGGCGUAUGAUAGCUCAGACAACGGUUUCUUACGUCUUGAUCACUACCGUAUCCCUCGUAUGAAUAUGCUAAUGAAGCACAGCAGGGUAGCCCCAGAUGGUAGCUAUACUCGCCCUCCUCAUGCUAAAGUCGGUUAUUCGGCUAUGGUUCACGUUAGAUCGCAUAUGGUACGAGUCCAAGCGUUGUUCUGCUCAUAUGCAAUGACGACGGCUAUUCGUUACUCAGCUGUAAGACGUCAAGGAGAAAUUACACCUGACGCUGGAGAGGUGAAAAUUCUGGACUAUCAGACCCAGCAACAUCGUCUGUUGCCACAGUUGGCUCGUAUUUAUGCAUUUUUAUUUACGGGCCAGGCAGUGAGAAACAUCUAUUUGCGGGUACAGAGAGAUAUGGCCAGGGGAAAGGUGAAAAUUCUGGACUAUCAGACCCAGCAACAUCGUCUCUUGCCACAGUUGGCUCGUAUUUAUGCAUUUUUAUUUACGGGCCAGGCAGUGAGAAACAUCUACCUGCGGGUACAGAGAGAUAUGGCCAAGGGAAAGGUGGACGAGAUGGCAGCGCUUCACUACCUUACUUCUGGCCUAAAAGCUGUUGUCACUCAUCUCUCUGGAGAAGUCGUUGAACAAUCAAGAAUGAGCUGUGGAGGUCAUGGAUACUCCAAAGCAGCCAAUUGUUCGGAAGUUUACGGAGUUGCCAUUGCUGGCUGCACCUAUGAAGGCGAGAAUAUGGUCAUGUUGCAACAACUAGCCAGGUUUUUAGUGAGAGCAGCCCAAGCGGCUAAAACUGGACAGAGUAUUUCCUCGCUAACGGAUUAUCUGGUGAAACCACACGAGAAGUACUCCCUUAUCGAUAAGCAUCCGGAUAGAAGUAGGGUUUCACACCAUUUAUAA